AUGGGUUCCCACGCUGAAGAUCGGGUGGCUAUCAUCACCGGCGCCACUUCCGGUAUGGGGGUUGACCUGGUCAAAGACCUCUGUGCACAGGGAUGGAAGGUUGCUUGUGUGGGCCGACGUCGUGAAGCCGGCGAAGCUCUUCUUCAGAGCCUUCCAAAGCACAAUGCUCGUUUCUUUGCUGCAGAUGUCUCCAAGUACGACGAGCAAGCCAGCGUGUUCCAGCAAGUGCGCCAGCUCUGGGGCCGUAUUGAUGCAUUUUGUGCCAAUGCCGGCAUCGUCGAUACGUCCUCGAUCUAUAUCUACGACUGGAAGAAGAACAGCAAGGGCGUUGAUGAUAUCCCGCCUGCCCCUGACCUCUCCGUCGUCGAUGUCGACUACAAGGGCGUCGUGUAUGGCACUCAGCUGGCCACGCAUUUCAUGCGGUACAACCCACAGCCCGGGGGCCGGAUCAUUGUGACUGGCAGCAUUGGAGCUGUCUUCCCCCAUGAGUCGUACCCAGUGUACUGCGGCGCGAAGGCAGCCGUCAACCAUUUUAUCCGCGGUGUUGCACCGCUGCUGAAGCAGAAAGAGAACAUCUUGAUCAACUGUGUGAUGCCGGGGAUCGUUUCCACACCAAUCGUCCCCAUUGAGAUGAUCCAAGCAGUCACACCCGAAUGUCUCACUCCGGUCGAGACCAUCUUGAAGGCUUACCGCACUUUCCUCGAUGACUCGACCGGCAUGACGGGCCAGCUGCUCGAGUGCUCGGCCGACAAGCUGAUUUACUACCCCAUGCCCGAACCAGGUAAUGGCCGCAUCACCAAGCGAGCGAUCACCGUCUGGGAGCCGUUGUUCCGCAUGAUGCACGGGGAGGAUUCCAAUUUGCCCGAGGCGAUCUCAUAA